UCUCUCAUCUCUCAUUCGCAAUCGGUCGUCCCUCGUGUGUUGUGGCCAGCAGCAGCAGCAGAGCCAGCAGCCAUUCACUUUCGAGUUUUUCGGAUUACGGAAUUUUGAAGCCCUCGGUUCGACUAGUUAAAGCUCGUUAAAAUCGUCGGUGUGGUCGCGGUCGAGCUGCUACUACUUUUGGCUACAAAUCGCCCUGCGUGUGUGCGUCGGAAAAUAGGUGCCUGCCAAGUGUUUUCCAUUACGUGAUAACCAGCGGGGGGAGGAAAGAAAAAAAAACACCUCGAAACUUCCCGGAACAUUCCCUGCACGCUGCAUAAGGAGGCGGUGGCGGCUGCAGAGAAGGGUGCAGCAGGGAUCUACAGCAGAAGGAAUCCCGGUUCUGUGGGACGUCAGCCAGGCACGAUUUGAAAGGGGGAAGUCCCUGAGUCGAGCAAUCUAAAUUGCAGCGAAUCCUUCGGAAGAUCCCCGCUCAGUAGUUGGAUUAACAUUUUUCAUUCGAUUCGUUUCACCUGGAGAUGCUAAAAGCCUAGGAGGACAGAGGAAGCAACUGGUUCAAAUUCCCACCCGUGACAGUUUUUCCGCUUGCCGCCGGAGGAGGACGGGUUGCAUGUGUCAUGAACCCGGACGAGUAUGAGCAGCUGCCGACGACGAGCGUAACGACCAACAUGACGGCCGGGGCGAUUGCCGGCGUCAUGGAGCACUGCGUCAUGUACCCGUUGGACUCGGUCAAGACGCGGAUGCAAUCGCUGACGCACAUGCACGCGCACGACACAAUCGUCUCGACGAUGCGCGACAUGGUCCGGACGGAGGGGCUGGGUCGGCCGUUCCGAGGUGUGAUGGCCGUGGUUGCCGGGGCGGGCCCCGCACACGCCCUCUACUUUGGCGCGUACGAGUACUCGAAGGAGGCGAUCGCGCGCAUCUCCGACCGGAACCAGAUCAACUACAUGGUGUCGGCGGCGUUGGCCACGCUCGUCCACGAUGCCAUCUCCAAUCCGGCCGACGUCGUCAAGCAGAGGCUUCAGAUGUACAACUCACCGUACAGAUCGGUGCUGCACUGCGCCCGAGUCGUCUACCAGACCGAGGGCCUGCGAGCGUUCUACCGAUCCUACUCGACGCAACUCGUGAUGAACAUCCCGUACUCGGCGAUCCAGUUUCCCACGUACGAGUUCUUCCAGAAGUUGCUCAACAAAGACAAUAAGUAUAACCCGCCGGUGCACAUGGUCGCGGGUGGGGCCGCCGGAGCAGCUGCCUCUGCGUUGACCACUCCACUGGACGUGUGUAAAACGCUGCUAAACACACAGGAGGACGGUGCCGGUAAGACGCGCGGCCUGCUGGAAGCAGCGAAGAAAAUCUACCGCACAGCCGGUCCGCUCGGCUUCUUCAAGGGUCUCCAGGCGCGCGUCCUCUACCAGAUGCCAGCGACCGCCAUCUGUUGGUCCACGUACGAGUUCUUCAAGUACAUCCUGACGGGCCCGGCCACGCGAGGCUCCCGAGGCGGUUCCGCGGACAUUGUCGCCUCCGCAGAACUCGUCAAGGAGGAAAAGAAGCUGUCCGAUCUGCGGUACGUCCUGCCGGUCAGCGCCGCCUCCGCCGAAGCAUCCGCCAGCAGUCUUAUCGUACGAACCGGAGCCUCCUCGUCGGCCGGAGGUUCUUCCUCCUCCGGCGAGCGAGACUGUGGCCGCCGGGAACUGCCGGCCAUGUCCGGAGCGGGAAUCUACGGCGCCAUGAGCUUCAACACGAUGCACUCGAACACUGAUCACACUCAGCACCAGCUGCGGCGACCCACCAACUAGAAGGUUGGUAUCGUGUCUGUGUCUGUGUUUGUAUAAUUAGGUUGGCGUCAAUCAUUGUUUCUUUAUUUCUCUCGUUUUUUUUUAUUAUUAUUUCAUCGAAGACACAUUGUGUAAUCGGCUCCAAAUCCCAGUUCAAUCGCCGUCGUCCCCCCGGGCGGGGACGGACCCUAGAAUCGAGUUAAUCAAAAACAAAAAUUCCCUUCCUUCAUCGAGUUCGAUGCGCGCGAGCGCGCGCGGUUUUCUUGAAGCAGGACGAAAUCGAAGCCCGUUUUCCGUGAUUUUCUUACAUUAAAAAUUUUAUUUAUGCUUUUGCUCGACAUUUUACGUUUCUUUCCCUUAUAAGUUACCCGAGUUAAAAAAACAGAUCCUUGGCGGUGGCGGCAGUCGUCCUCUGGUUCAAAAUCCCUUGUAUAAUUGUUAUUCGUUGUGUAAAUAGAAGCGAUCGCGAUCUCUUUGGUCGUCCAAGCGCUGCCACCGCAAACAAGCAACUUCACGCAAACAGUCAAUUAGAGAAGUGUAUGAUGAAAAGUCGCGCGCUCCCCCACGCUGCUCAAUUUUUUAAAAAAAAAUCGAACAAGCCGAGACAGUCUGGCUUGGUUUUUCCGUGGCUUGGGCUGUGUCUUCGAAGCUGGACGUUUUUUUUUGUUCAAGUUUUCACCUAUUUUUUUGAGAGAAAAGAAGUAGAAUUGAACGUCGAGGCGACGACACCUCUCCCCCCCCUCCACUCCUGGAUCGGUACUAAGUAUCGUCUGAUGGUGAGAUGCCAUAGAAUGCUUGAUACCAAAGGAAUCAAGUUUGAAGAGUUAGUAGCGAAAUUUGACGAAAGAGGAGAAAACACACACAAAGUAGUAGUGAGUACAUAUUUAAAACAAACAAAAAAUAAAAGCGCCCGCUGGAAAGUAAAGACCGAAUAAAACUCUGAUAUUAGGCAGACAAGAAAACGCGCGAGAUCAUAUUGGAAAACUUGCGUUCACCGGUGUAAGGAGGAAAAUGAAAAGCAACGUGUAUUUAGAAGGUGCGACACACGCAGGAAAGCGUAUAAAAGAGAAGAGAAUAACACAAAACAAAACAAAUAAAAGGUGUACAGUUGUACAAUGUGAAGAGCAACGUUUCAAAUUAAGCAGAAAACAAUAAAUACCUGUAUAUGAGUCAAGUUGAAGUUUCAAGUAAACCG